GACUACGACUUGCCGAAAGCAUACAACCGGCAUCUCGGGGAGCACUACGGAUACCUGAUAUCGAGAGGGGUUCCGUGUGUGGAUCCAAGCACGAUGACGAACCAGGUCUUCUACCACGAUCAAUUCCACAUGAUCGAGUGCUACCAGACCCUCAAAUGGGGCGUCGCCGUCUACUCCCGGCAUUGCGAGGGAGAUCUGCAGUUGAUGGAGUUCAUGUUCAGGUACCCUACUAUCUCGGAAGUUCGAGCUGCUGCUGACUUGACGCUUGCCGGAAGGCGAGCCGUGGAUCAAAUCGAACUGAGCCCGGCCGACAUUGUGGAUGCAGUUGACCAAGAGAUAAUGAAUUGGUUGCUGCAAGAGGAAGAGACGGAUGUCGUGCGCCUGAAGGAUACCAGCCACGUGCUGGCCCAGGAGAUGAACCCAGAUGACCUGUUGCGUUUGCCCAUUGAUGCAGAAGAAUUGGACGAAAGUGAGCACGAUGAGAGGCAUCGCAUCAUCAUGAAAGAGCUGUACCCAGACUUGCCAACUCCAAUGGGGGGCCAAGAACUUGUGGAAGAGUUCCCAUGGGAGGUCCCAGACGAAGGAGAUACGCUCGACUUCGAUGAGUGGGAACGGGCCCUUGAGGAGAAAAAGAAGAAUCCGGGUGCUAGCUCAUUCAUCCCGCCAGUUGAGGUGCCGCUUCCGCCGCCCAAGAAUGAGGAAGAGAGGGCUGACGAUGAAGCCUUUGCCGAUGUCCGCACCGAAAAGUCCUAUGUGAUUGUUGAACACCCCGUGGAGGAGCAACCAGAUUGGGACGACGAUGAUGCGGACUCGGCGGUCUACAAGUCCGCCAAGGGUUCAGAGGCCGAUGAAGAAGAGAAGCCCGAACCCAUGGAAGUCGAUGAAAAGGCCGAAGGGGAGCAGAAGAAGGGCGGAGAAGCUGAGGCGACCCAGGGCCAGGCCGACGAAGAAAGUGCCAAGGCCGAUGACGCCAAACCCAUGGAGAUCGAUCUGACUGGUGAGGAUGAUGCGGAGAAGGGAAAGCCGAAGGAGAAGCCCUCUGCCACGAAGCCCCAGAAGCCAAGCGUGCCGGAAGGUUCGCCGAAGCCUGAACUCACAGGGCUUGAAAAGGCCGCUGCUGAGGCCAAAGCUCACUACGAGGAACUGAGCUACAUCGACGAGAAAACCGGCCGAAUCGUGGUGAAAGGGGAGAAGGAAGAGCGGGACGCUCGAUUCAAGAAGUGGAAAGAAGCAGAGCGGCUUGCAAUUCGGCCCAAGGCGCAGCCGAAGCAGGUGAGGCGUCCUAAUCUGGAACCCACCUUGCGGGCGAUUGACACCGAAGAUCCCAGUAAGGAUCUCGAAUUUGCCCGGCUUCCGGGACAAGAG